GUGGGUCGGUGCCUAGAAGAAGAAGAACCUCAGUGUUGUUCUUUUAUUGUGGGCAAGUAAGUGUGUUGAAAUUUUGGGAAUCUCAUCCACACCAAACUUUACACCCUGCCUGCACACCAUCAUCAUCAUCAUCCUUUACUCACAUUGCCUUAGUUUGAGUUUUUAGUCUGAUUCCCAUUCUUGUCUCCUUAAGUGUCAGCAACACAGGCGAACUCUCAGCAGUCUCAUUUACCUCGAGUUUAAUUAUACUACUCGAGAAAUCAUCAUCAUCAUGGCAAAAAAGCUGAAGCUCUGCCCAAGUAGACUCAAAAACUUCUUCACCACUCAAAACCAAUAAAAAGUGAAAAAUGUCGCAAAAUAGCGGAUCAUCACGUCCCCCUCGUCUCCUCUCGACGUGGUCACUCCUCGUGUUGUUUUACUUGUUGAUCUUGUUGGGGUCCGCAGUGUCGUGUGGGCCCGGUCGUGGGGCCGGGAGGAGACGGGCACCUCGAAAGUUAACCCCCCUAGUGUAUGACCAGCAUGUGCCUAAUGUUCCCGAAAACGCGUUGUCCGCGUCGGGUUUGCCAGAAGGGAAUAUCACCCGAGGAGAAAAACGGUUCAAGAAUCUUGUGCCCAACUACAACCCGGAUAUUAUUUUUAGGGAUGAUGAAGGUUCAGGUGCUGACCGACUUAUGACACAGCGUUGCAAAGAGAAACUCAACACGUUGGCUAUAUCUGUGAUGAACCAAUGGCCCGGGAUUAAGUUGCGGGUCACGGAAGCCUGGGACGAGGAUGGAUUUCCGGGUCAAAGUAAACUCCACUAUGAAGGUCGUGCCGUAGACAUUGCCACUUCGGAUCGACAGAAACCGAGGUUGGGGAUGUUGGCAAGAUUGGCGGUGGAAGCGGGAUUCGACUGGGUCCACUACGAGUCCAGAACCAAUAUCCACUGUUCCGUCAAACCAGACUCGACACAAGUUGGUCGGACGGGUGGGUGCUUUAGUGGUAACUCGACAGUGGAAACCCCAUCAGGACCCAGGAAAAUAUCCGACAUACGAAUCGGAGACAAAAUCAUGUCUCUGAACUCUGAUGGCCAACAAGUUUUUAGUGACGUGUUGCUAUUUCUGGAUAGAAAUCGAACGGAAACACGAGAAUUUUUCCAGCUCCGCACCGCCUCUGGGAAAUCUAUCACUCUGACACCGUCACAUUUAAUAUACACCGUGCAACCCGAGUCCUUGACUCCCGAGGAACUAUUCCUGUUCAAGCCCAACAGUUUCAUCCUUUCCAACCAAACGGGACAAAUGUUUUUGGAUAAAGCUGUCGUCAGUUUUGCUAAAUUUGUCCAAAUCGGGGAUUGGGUGCUGGUUUUCCACUCUAAUGCCUCCUCGCAAGAAGCAUCCUCUUCCUACUUCAGCAUUGAGAAGGUGGUCGACAUGUCGGCAAAGGUGGAAACAGGUGUCUAUGCUCCACUUACGUCGGAGGGCAAUUUAAUCGUGGAUGGCGUGUUAUCCUCGUGCUACGCGGUGAUUGACGACCAAGAGCUGGACCACUGGGUAUUCCUCCCUGUACGACUCUCGCACAACUUUGUUCAAGGACUCUCCUACGCGUGGAGAAAGUUCAGUCAUUUCAUCACGUUCAGACAUCACGACGACAAUAAUGAUAUCCACGACCACCACCAGAAUCAAGAUCAUCAUCAUCACCAGAGGGAAAGUAGUGCGCGCUUUAGUAGUAGUUCUUCCAAGUCUGGUGAUAACACUGGUGGUGGUCUACAAGAAGAAGAUGACGUCCUGGGUGACCAAGGAGUCCACUGGUAUGCUCAGGCAUUGUACACCGUCUCAAAAUUUCUCCUACCGUCUCACCUCCACUACGACGGAGUUUAGGAAAAUAACAAUAUGUUUGAGGUUUUAUCAAAAAAACUACUUGAGCUUGUGCUUUAAUACAGUUAAUUAACUAAGCAAAGAAUUACUAUCACGUAUCUACAAUUUUAAUGGAAACCUGAAUCAAUUGGGAAUAAAAGGACAAAUUUAUGCCACCACCAGCGUGGCAUUUUCUACAUCGAUUCGUGAGGCAUUACUUAACUUACUAAAUCCGUAACAAUAUCCCAGUCCGAGUCAGUAUUUAGUACUUUAGAUCAAGUAUAAUUAUAUAAAAUAGUACAUACGAAUGAUACAUGCUUUAUUUAUUUUUACAAAUUUUGAACUAUCAUGAGUUAAGGACGACGUAUAUUAAAUAAGUCUUUAUACAUAGUUAUUUGGUAUUAUUAGUGUUAUUAAAUAGUGUUAUUCUUACAAUUAUUACUCGUAUUAUUAUCACAUUAACAAUGCAAGCAAUAUUUAUGCAUUUUAUUUCCUUACUUGCUUGUUGUUAUAGAAUUAUUCCCCACACAUUUCCUCCUUUCACCUGCAAGAUAUUUACAGUGUUCGUCACUGUAUGACAUCACAGUGUCAAAAAGAAAGAUUCUCGGGAUCAGCCCACGCCAAACUUUCAAGAUUUAUUUACUUCUACUUUCCAGAGUAUUAAGUGUACUCACUAUUUUUCGAUUUUUUGUGUCCUUCUAUAUACGAGUACUCAAAUAGAGAGUUGAAUUCGAAUCCAUACCCGUGUUAUCUGCUAGUUUCUAAAAUUUGACGCUAUGUUAAGCUACAUAAUUUUAUGUUAUGUAAAAAAUCUAUACUAAACAAAAAAAUGUUGAAAAUAUCAUCUGUGUUUAUGUUUUCCAAUUGUUCCCCUUUCAAUUUCCUGCACUUUCCUUGAAGUCUGCUUUAUGUUUGUUUGUUAUUAAUUCAUCCGUUGUGAAAAGUCAAUGUCUCCAGUCACACGUUAAAUUACAAUUAAGUUGAGAGUGAAAUGUUAUAUAAGACAAUUUACACGAAUAAUCAUGAAUGAAGCAUCUUUCAAUUUGUAUAUUUUUGUUUGUUAUGAAUCCCAUCACUAUAUGAAAACUUGUGCAAUUUGUGUAAAAUUCCGUGUGAAAAGUGUAAUUUGUUAGGUAAGCGUUGUCUAGAUUUGAAUUUAUUUUGAAUUGUUGUUAUGUAAUAUAGACGCAAGGAAGAAAUAAAUUGAACAUUAUUAAUCCAAGAAAA